UUUACACUUCCGCAAACUAGAGUCAGAAGCUGAAGCCUUAUCGACUUAUUUUGCUUUCCAUCACAGUGUUUCUGUUCAUUACCAGAGGGAACAACCGGGCUGUGUUUGUCUCGGCACUUCUCAGUAGCAUCAUGGCAUCUGGAAGCCCCAUGAUGAACGGCGACGUCUCUCGCUCUUCCAGUCAGUCGGGCACGCUGGAGGAAACUCUGCAGCAGAUGAACAUUCUCAUUCAAGAAAACAGAGACCUUAAAGAGGCACUGCGUCAGACCAACCUGAUGAUGAAGGAGCGUUUCGAGGGUCUGGCUGCAUGGAGGGAGAAGCAGCAGCAGGAGCGGGACUUCCUAGAGCGUCGGCUUGAGGAAGCUAGAGGCCAAAUGGAGACAAUUACAAUCCAAAACCAGGAUCUGAGCAAGAGGCUAGAGGAGGUGGGGAGGACAGGAGGAGCUCCAGGUGGAUACCAGAGUGCAGAGCUGGAUGCCCUGCGUGCCCAGGUUGCCCGCCUGCAGGCAGAGAAGAACGACCUGGUGGCUUUGAACUCUGAGCUGCAGCUGAAGGCUGAGCAGGACUCCCAAGAUGACUCGUUUAUUGAGAUCAUCAAGGUGUCGGAUGGCGGUGUCGAUGGUUUGAACGAGGCAUGCGGUGCAGAGCACAGCAGACGUCCUGAUCUGAGCAUGACGGCGUCUCGGCUGGACUGCAAGGAGGUGACGGUCAGUCAGCUGCUGCAGUCCCUGAGGAACGAGACACUGCGAUGCGAGCAGUUGCAGACUGAGCUGGGGGCCUGUAAUGCCAGGAUUGCAGAGCUGGAGGAAAGAAAGUGUGGCGUAGAGGAGUCAACACAGACAACCCAGCCAGAGACCAAAGAGGAUUCUGGGAAGGAGGAGAAGGCAGCGUCUGAGGUGGAAAAUCUUAAAUCUCAGAUGAUGACGCUCUUCAAAGAGCUGCAGCAGGCGCAGAGCAAGCUGGAUGAAGCAGAAGGCAUGAAGAAAAACCUGCAGGACAGAUGUCGGGAGGUGGAACAAGACGUUGCAACUCUGAAGGCUCAGCUGGUGGAGAAACAGGCCGUUCAGUCGGAAAAUGACCGGCUGAAGCUGCAACUGGGCAGCAUGCAGGCUCAAAAUCAGAUGGAGCAAAGGAAGGCUGAUGAGGAGAGAAACAACUUGGCACAACUAAAGGACGCCUACACCAAGCUGUUUGAAGAUUACAAUGAACUUAAGGAGGAGAAGAAGAAGAAAGAGUCUCUGUUGGUGGAGAGGGAGGUGGUAGAUGAGCUACAGCAACGUCUGACUGCUGCUGAAGAAGCACUGGCUGUUAAACAGACCAAGAUCGAUGGGAUGAAGCAGGAGAUUUUCAUGAAAGAACAGGACCUGGAGACCAUCUCUGUGUUUCAGGCUCAGGCAGAGGUCUACUCCUCAGACUUCUACGCAGAGCGAGCAGCGAGGGAGAAGCUCCACGAGGAGAAGGAGCGUCUGGCUGCUCAGCUGGAAUAUGUGAAGAAGCAGAACACCCAGCUGCAGGAGGAGCUGGACUCGCUGGGCCGGCGCUCACUGAACGACAUGCAGCGGAGACAUGGGUCACCAGGAGGAAAUCCACAUGGAGCCGGAGCCUCUCUGGUUGGAAGAGGUACCGACUGGCAAAACCGUGGGAGCAUCCCUGAGCAUGCCUGUCCCAAGUGCAAUGAGAUCCUGCCAGACCUGGACUCACUGCAGAUCCACAUCAUGGAUUGCAUCAACUAGACCCCCAUCCACUACAAGCUUCCACAAUAGCUGCAGCUGCAUCAGCACCUUAAUCUGAGUCUUCCUCUGCCUCAACCCGUACCUCUUCAAUCUGAUCCCUGACGCAUCACUCCACAGACCAUAAACAAGCUUCGUCCUAUUUAUCCUAAGAUGGAAACACUUUGCUUUUGAACGGAUUUAUAAAGACUUUGGUGUCUGAGGUCCGGCGAAGCAUGUGCAGAGUUUGUCAGUUCUAGUUUGUUGUAUAUUUUUAAAAUGCUCAGUAGUUAUAUAUGUAUUUAAAAAGAUGAGGUUGAAACUCUUCAGGGCAAACACAUCUGAAAAAGUAAAACAGACACAACACAAACCCUCUGAUCAGAUUUUAGUUGCUGUCUGCCUUUUGUGCACAUUAUUUAACUAACCAAAGUGAAGCCUUUACAGGUUGAAUUUGCUCUCAAAUCUUUUUAUAUAUUUCUUGAUUACUUCCUUUUCCAAUUCAAAUUAAAUUCUUUUUAUAUUUUUCCUCA